UUUUGCCUUUAAUUAGAUUAAAAUGAUAUUUAAUACGAGAUACUUGCUGGCCCUGUGCCUACUCUGUGCCACACAAAUCGUUUGCCAUGCAAAGACCAUCAAAAAAGCCGAAGCCAAUCUGCUGCGACCGCUGCAAGAACUGAGCCCCUGGCAGGGCAAAUGGUUUCCCUAUGCGCCUGGCGAGCCGCAUGUAAAGCCAAAAAAACUGCAACAUUUGCCAACGUGGCAAACGAAUGCAAUUCCCAAAAAUAAUAGUGAUCCCUGGCAGGGUAAAUGGUUUCCCUAUGCGCCCGGCGAGCCGCAUAUUCCCAAAAGGGAGCCAUCGGCGCAGCAGACUAAAGAUAGCUGGCAGGGCAAAUGGUUUCCCCAAGCGCCAGGUGAGCCUCACCUCCCAAAAACUGUGAAUCGAGUCGAGAUGAAGAAGCAAAAGGAGCAGCAGUUGCACAUCUGCGACGAUGGCGUUCAUAAUCUGUCGGUGGAUUACGAUCCGGAGGAUAUACGUGAAAACUUCAACUAUUUGUGCCUCAACAGCAAUCGCAGCCUCUUCAAUCCCAAUCUGAAUACGGAGGCACUGUUGACGCAACACUUCCUGCCCAGUGCUUACGUGCCGCCGUCCAAGUGUCUGAACGAGUCGAUUGCCUUCACGCACAUCCCGCCCACAAACGGCGCAUUUCGUCCGCUGCCAGCUGUCUAUGGCAGCUACAAGUAUUUGCCACCUCAACGCUAUAUGCGGAAUCUAGCUGAGGGUGCCAUUGUCAUGCUGUAUCAUCCAUGCGCCUAUCAAGGCCAAGUGGAGCAACUGCAGCACAUUGUCGCCGGGUGUCUGUAUAGGCAUCUGGUGACGCCAUCGCAGCUACUGACACCGGAACGACCAUUGGCAUUGCUUGCGUGGCGACACAGUCUGAGCAUGUCGGUGGUCGAUAGGCAGCAGGUGGGCCAAUUCAUACGAAUGUAUGCCAAGCUCGGUCCGCUGGCUGUAGAGAAUCUCGCCCGUGUUGUGGAGCAGCGGGAAACCUACAAAGCGUCGCUACUGACUGAGGCGCGACUUGUCACCGAUCUGGAUGAUAGCGAGCUGUGUGGCUACAUGGAGGAGGAGCAGCACAUGUAAUCACCUGUAAUACCGAAAUCAUUCGAAUACUAUUUUAAAAUGUAUGAUUAAUAUUAGAUAAUGUCGAAUACGUUAAAAUAAAUUGAGUUUAUUUGAA